CGGGAGCAAAACAGUGUGUUUUACAUGAGCUGUGCUGCAGUCGUGGUAGAAUCCAGUUUACCGAAAUGGCGGAGACAGCGGACAGAAUGGAGGUGUCCCAGGGAGAGACCUCGGCAAAACCUGCAGCAGAAGACAUGACCUCCAAAGACUACUACUUUGAUUCCUAUGCACACUUUGGCAUUCAUGAGGAGAUGCUGAAGGAUGAAGUUCGUACUCUGACGUACAGAAACUCGAUGUUCCACAACAAGCACCUCUUCAAGGAUAAGGUGGUGCUGGACGUGGGAAGUGGAACCGGCAUCCUUUGUAUGUUUGCAGCCAAAGCUGGAGCCAAGAAAGUUAUUGGGAUUGAGUGCAGCAGUAUAUCAGACUAUGCUGUGAAGAUUGUGAAGGCCAACAAGUUGGAUCAUAUUGUGACCAUCAUCAAGGGCAAAGUAGAAGAGGUUGAGCUUCCCGUGGAAAAUGUAGACAUAAUCAUCUCCGAGUGGAUGGGCUACUGUCUCUUCUACGAGUCCAUGCUUAACACUGUCAUUUAUGCCAGAGACAAAUGGCUGAAACCUGAUGGCCUGAUUUUCCCUGACAGAGCCACGCUCUAUAUCACUGCUAUUGAGGACCGACAGUACAAGGACUACAAAAUUCACUGGUGGGAGAACGUUUAUGGCUUUGACAUGUCCUGUAUCAAGGAAGUGGCCAUUAAGGAACCGCUAGUGGAUGUUGUUGACCCCAAACAGCUCGUUAGUACUGCCUGCCUCAUUAAGGAGGUGGACAUCUACACAGUGAAGAUUGAGGACUUGUCCUUCACGUCACCGUUCUGCCUGCAGGUGAAAAGGAAUGACUACAUCCAUGCGCUGGUGACCUACUUCAACAUCGAGUUCACUCGUUGCCACAAGAGAACAGGCUUCUCUACUAGCCCAGAGUCUCCUUACACUCACUGGAAGCAGACUGUGUUCUACCUUGAUGACUAUCUGACGGUUAAAACCGGGGAGGAGAUCUUUGGCACCAUCAGCAUGAAACCCAACGUCAAGAAUAAUAGAGACCUGGACUUUACUGUUGACAUUGACUUCAAGGGUCAGCUUUGUGAGGUGUCCAAGACGUCAGAGUACAGGAUGCGCUAGAUUCCUUUUAGCAUCAGUGUGUGUGUGUGUGAGGCAACUCAGAGAGCAGUGCACGCUUGUGUGUGUGAAACCAUGUACAUUGUUCCAUGACUGUGCAUGACAGACAUUUUUAGAGAUUCUGUUUUACAGAAUGUUGUCUGACAUGAAGGAUUUUUGGAUGUUUUUUUUGACCAUUUUUAAUUUUUUUUUCCUUCUCAUUAAAAUGCACCCAAGGGGACUAAACAUGGCAUAUUUUUGAGCUUUUUUUCCCAUCUUAUGUGCAAAAUCCCUCUUUGGCUCUGUUUUUUCUAAAUUCUAGGUGCACCAUAUUGGAUAAAAUCCUUUGGGUUUAUGCAUGUAUACAUGCGCACACACGUGCAACUGCUCUUGUUUUUUUGUUGUUUUGUUUUGGGGUUUUUUUUGCCUGUUUGUCUGUGUCUGACAAUAUGUCAUCAAGGUGUUUUUUUUUUUUUUUUCCCACCCCUGCCAUGCCAACAUGUGUUGGUCACUGUAAGAAAAAAAAAAAAAAAAAAAAAAAAAAGAAAAAAGCUAAUCAGCCAUGUUUUGAUAUUCCAACUGGUAAAGCCAGCAUCUUCCAUGUAGGUAAAACCUGUAAUGUUUCACUGUGGACAGGAGCUCUGCCCAGUAGUUUGCUGAAGGAGCCCAUAUGGUUUUGUAUUUGUUCUGUACUUGGAGGCAGUUGUUUUGGACCAUCAGUAGAGGGCGCCUCCAUGCGCCAUUUGUCUUCUGUGGAGUAACUGUUUUAAUUCAUGUAGUGCUCCUCAUCUAUCCUCAUCCUUGUGUUUUUUUUUUUUGUAAUAACUUGUUGCAAUGACUCAGUCAGAGAAUAUUGUGUUAUUGAUGAGACAGCAUAGUAAUCUUGUGUGCAACUCAUAGGUGGUGUUAAUGAGCACUAUUUUAGAUCCGUUGAUCUUUUUAAUGUCAUAUAGGAAGACUGCGACUGACCGUUUAGUUUAAGCUUAUCUGCUGCUCUUUUGCACUGUAAGCACUUAAAGCUAAGUUUCUCAGACCCAGAACUACAAUUUAAUUCCAUGGAGGUAAACCUUCAGACUAAAUUUUCCAUUUGAAUGCUUUUAUUGAAGGUGACACUUAUUCUGUGUUUGAGUAACUUCACGUUUGUUCCAUAUUGUGAUCAUCUCUCAUAGUGUUGCUGUGUACUACAGUGUUUUUGUCGAAGGGGUGCGAGUUCACAUGCCUUGUGUCUAGCACUGGUGUGGAUUAUUACCAGGCAGGCAUUUGUCCACUAGGAAAUGUAUUUUUAUUUUUUUUUUUUUUCCCCUUUUUUUGAAAUAAAAACAGAAUAAACCUG